UUUAUAUUUGGUCUGAAACGAGAUAUUUCAAAAUUGUAUAUCUGGAAGGGUCCUUCCAAGAGCAGGAAGACUGACAUGAUAUAAUGCCUUGACUAUUGGUUGUUGAGCAAUGAGCUAUUCAAUGUGCAAAAAUGGAAUAUCAUCAGUCCAUGCUUUAGUUGCUUAGCUUUCGGCUGUUUUCGGCGAUGCUCACAUUUGUAAUACUGAAGCGUUAGAAUAACCCCUGCAAGACACUAAUGAAUCGAAAGACUGGAUUUAGAUUUUUAAUAAGAAUAAUGGAAAGGUGGAAAAACACCGCUAGGAGUUUUGGUGAGGUCUCCAACUUUAGGGAUACAUCCAUCGAGGAGAUGGAAUCCGCCUUAGCUAAAUACAAAGGUGGCGAGGUGAUGUUAUCUAAAGAAUACUGGAAUGAGGGUAUUGCUGUUAUCUACCUUAACCACCCUGAAAAGAAGAAUGCUAUGAGUGGUAAAAUGAUUGUGGACCUGAGAAAAUGCGUGGCUGAAUUAGAAUCGUUCAAGGACGGAAAGGCAGUUAUAUUAACAUCGAAAGGAGAUAACUUUUGCUCUGGAGGUGACCUCGACUUUGUAAGAGCAUCUGGAACUCCUCAGGGCGGUUUCUUUAUGAGCACCAUCAUGCAUAACACGCUGAAGAGGUUCAGGAACUUGCCUCUUACGAGUGUCAGCCUUGUUCACGGGCCCACGCUGGGUGGAGGAGCAGAAUUGUCGGUAUAUUCUGACUUCUUGUUGGCUGCGGACAAUGUGAAACUUGGUUUUGUUCACGGUAAAAUGGGAAUAAUGACUCCUUGGGGUGGUACAACUAGAAAGAAGGUAAUUUUGUAUAAGCUUCAGAUUAGAAAAACUUCUAUAUGUGGUGCUAUUGAGACGCAAAUAGUCAAAAAGUAUUGUAGUUUGUAGUAUCAGUGAAACACAGGGCAAUGAUCUACGAAUGUCCACAGGUUACGCCAGCUUCUCGGUGAAAGAAAAGCCCUGGAACUUCUCCUAGGAUCGAAGGUGUAUUCAGCCGAGGAAUGUUUACAAUUUGGAUUAGUAUCCAAAGUUGUAAAUACCACCAACCGGUUGGAUGAAGCUUUGGAUUAUGUUAGACAGCUUACAAUCCACCACCCUUCAAUUGUUAGAGCUUAUAAAACAGUAACAUCUCAUUACGACGAGGAACAAUUUGAGAAGUCGCUGGUGCUAGAAAGAGAACUGUUUCAUCCAAUGUGGGGUUCAGAAUUGAACACAGCGGCUUUGAAUAAGAAUAUCAAGCACCUUGAACAGAAAAAAUGACUGUGAUUUGUAUCAUUUAUUAUUUGUUGGUCGUAUGACUGAGACAUAAGCUUCAUAAGUCUAAAGCACCACAUGAGAAAAGGCUACAUUUCAUCCUAAGUAUUAGACAAUAUAGAUUUUUAAAUACUUCCAUGGUUCAAAUAGUAGCAGCUCCAUCAAUAGUAUAGCAGCAACUUAUCUACGGCUACUGAACAUUGCAAAUGUCUUUUUGGUAAUUGCCCAUUUCAGACCUUAAUUAGCAGAUAUAAAAAUGACAUAAUUAUGUACAUAGUUGAUAAUUGUACAACUAUUCAUUCGAUGGUAGGAUCCAUCCUGUUUCAAUAUUGCAUGUACCUCUGUCUCUUUCAAUUUUUACAGUCACCGCAGUUUUUUGAUCUGGUUCAAUAUGUAGGCGUUUAAUUUGUGAUACUUAUAUCCCAGUCAUAACAUUUCAAGCCAAAUGAAGAACACUUCCAUAAAAGACAUACAAUCUACAUACAUUAUUUAUUUUUAAGGAGAUUGAUUGUACUUACUCAUUCCACUCAAUAUAAUAUCAAAAUGGUUUUAUUUCAUUACCAGUAGCCUAUGUUUUUUUAAAGUAUCAUCAAUUACUCUAGUACACCACUAUAUUAUUACUAGUGAAUAUACGUUUUUAGGGAUAAGUAAGUAACUACAUCUAGUUCAUUUCAGGACACUGGUUACAGUCACGUUUCAAAUUGAUAGUUAGGAGCAUAACUCAUAGUGCUCCUUUGUUCAUAAUUAUUAAAUAAAUUUGAUCGAUAUGUAACAAAAA